AUGCCACCGCUCCCGCCCCUCCAUCGCCUCGCGCGCCCCGCGCCCGCGCCCCUUACCCGACCCCUCCACCGCCUCCCCCACCACCAUUACCACCCCCAGCGUCACGCCUCCCCAACAACAGCAACAGCAAGCACGCCCGCAGCAGCAGCACCGCCGCCCCCCCGCGCCCGCCGCUCCCUCCGACCCUACAUAACCGCGACGGUGUUCCUCGCCCUCGGCCUCGCAGCCGGGCACCUCGUGCGCGUGACGCUGGCGCCGCCGCCCCUCCCGCCCACGGGCUCAGACAUGGACGCCGCGCUGCGGGCGUCGCUGGAGCGGGACCUGGACGCGCUGCCGGUGGUGCGGCGGCUUGCGCGGGGUGGCAGCGACGACGAGGAGGGCAGCGAGGGCGAGGGUGUGUGGCGCGAGGUUGGCUCCAGCAGUAGUAGCGGUGCUGGUGCUGGUGCUGAAGGGGCCAAGGGAGCAGAGGGCUAUGUGCACGGCACGUUGGCUGGGAUGCGCGGGCUGGGGCCGUGGCGACGGUGGUGGAACCCCCGUUCGGGGGAGGCGGUGCUGGUGUUUUGGCUGGGUGGGGGCGUGACCGGGUGGCCGGGGGUGGCGCAUGGCGGGUUUAUUGCUACGAUGUUCGUCGAGGGGUUUAAGGACGCUGUUGGUGAGCACGGCGGCGGCGGCAAGGCUGGUGAAAACCCCAUUGACACGAUCAACCUGACCCUGACGUACCUGGCCCCGACCCUCUCGUCCAAUUUCUACGUCUUGCGCACGGCGCCCGCGCCGCAGUUGGAGCCGGGCACGGGGCUGCCGCCGCAGAAGGACAUGACGAAGAAGCAGAAGCGGGGGGCUGGUGCGCUUGCGGCUGAGGAGGAGGAGAUGACGGGGACGCUGGAGACGGUGGGCGGGAAGGUGUGCGUCAAGGCUAAGGCGGUGGUGAGGCGGUAG